AUGCAGCUUCUACUUGCCGUUAAAUUCUUCACUAAACUUAUGUAUGACGAGAAAUUAAUCGAAUUGGUCAGAAAAUACCCGGUAAUUUAUAACACAGGACAUGCAAAAUAUCUGGACACCAAACAUACAUUGCGAAUCUGGAACAAAAUAGGAGAAGAAAUACAACAAACAGGUAGUAUUUGCAAAAGUAGAUGGCAGAAUAUACGCGAUCAAUUCAGGAAAAAUUUGGCAAAGAAAGUCACCAAAAGUGGACAAACUGCAGAAAAACGCAAAAGAUAUGAAUAUGAAGAUUGUCUGCAAUUCCUGAUUCCGUUUUUUGCCGAAAGAGAUACUCUAUCUAAUGUCACAUUGCCAAAUUCGGAAAGCACGGACGACAUACUACAUCAUGAGGUGACUGAAGAUGAAGGAAGUCAAUUACAUGCAACUCAACCAACUAGGGAUAAUAAUUUAGAUACAAUCAGUCAUACUGAAACAGAGGACCAUCCGCGCCUUGUUAUAAAAAGGCUAUCGGUUCCAACCAAAACAAAACUUCCCGAACAACAACUUUAA